AUGAAGACAGCCACAGUCUUGGUUCUAGUGGCUUUCUUUGCCAUAAUGAUGGACACAGCCUGUGCUCUGUCUUCUCCUGGAGGUAAACCUGGAGCUUGUCCCAAGCUGCCCCCAAAUACUUUUGGAACUUGUGAUGAGAAAUGCUCCAGAGAUGAUUCAUGCCCUGAGAAAAUGAAGUGCUGCAGCAAUGGGUGUGGUCAUGUCUGCCAACCUGCUGUCUUCAAACUUCAUCAAGGCAACCUAUAA